AUGUGGCCGAGCGGUGCACACGUUGGUUACAUCGGCAGGCAUGUGCCGUAUGCUUUAGAUGCCCGCCCUUGCAAGCAGAAUGGCAGCAAGCGAACAAUCUUGGAAGAACAAGAAACAGACGACCUUGAUCGAUCGUCUUCAGCGCGACCAGUGGCUGCGCCAAUGGUUUUGGCAAGGGCCAACACUUUCUCCGUUACAUCGUUAGCCGUCGUCGCUUUCCCGUUCAUCUCUGAGAUACCCAUCACCAAGGUCGAUCAAAAAGACCUGCUUACAACUAGAAUCUCGGACAUCUACCCUGACUGCCUAGAGAUGCCUCUGUGCUUGUCUGCUGUAGAUGCGAUUGCGAAGUCAAGCGAUAUCUCCACAGCAAGCAAUGAUUUCAAAUAUGUCAACAAUUAUAUCAUGUACAUGAACGCUGUGAUGAUGUGUUUCCUGCGAUCACGCGUCGAUUCGGAACUGCUGCUUAGUCCGAAGGUGAUCGUGUUAGUAGACAAUGAGUCUGUUGUCUAUGACGCUCUAAAGUUCAGAAUCACAGUGAGUCACAGUGGGUUUGCUGGAAAUCAUUCGGGCGUCAGAGCAGCUCGAAACUCCCUGAAAUGCGAGCUCCUGUGGUUGCACAGGCGGAAGGUCACAACUUCUGCUACAAGAUAUUUCACCCGAACAGGGAUGCAGAUAUUACCCAAAGACAUGCAUCUCACUUAUAGCCAGCAGUUCAGUCCGAUCUGGGAGAAUACCUCAAUUCCUUCGAGCGUGAUUGCACGAUGUGAUCAUGGUCGACAUCAUUCGGUCGUUCACUGCGACGGCCGCUUACAAGAGUGA